AUGGAAACGAUACUAGAUCUAGCAGCCAACGUAACGCACCUCCCGGUGGACGAGUUUAUAACACCGAGUGGUACCUGGAUCGAACAAAAGUGGAACGGGUUUUUGGAUAUUAUUGGUGAUGAUAUCGAAACGCUGUAUUUCUACCUCCUGACCUCGUACACCUACAUUUUCUUCUGGAUCGUCGGUGGUCUGUUCGUGCUGAUGGAUGUAACCAAUAAGCCACGCUUUAUGCGCAAGUUUAAAAAUCAACCCGGCGUAAAUGAGCCGCUCGAAUGGUCCAAGCUGAAAAAUCUCGUGAAAACGGUCGCGUACAACCAGCUCGUGUACGGUCUGCCGACAUCCUACCUGUCGUUUCAGGUGGGCAAACUGAUUGCCCACAGCAUUCCGGAUCCGCGCCUGCUACCAUCGCUGUACAUCAUUGUACGGGACGUUAUGGUGUGCAUUUUGUCCUGGGAGAUAUCGUUCUACUACAGCCACCGGUUGCUACACUCGAGCUUCUUCUACAAGCGCAUUCAUAAGAAGCAUCACGAGUGGUCCGCCCCGGUGGCCUGGGCAGCCAUGUACGCGCAUCCGUUCGAGUUCAUCAUCAGCGAUCUGCUUCCGGUGUACGUCGGUCCCGCCCUUAUGACCUCUCACGUGUUCACGAUCCUCAUCUGGUUUACGUUCGUCAUGAUGGAUACGCUGGUCGACCAUUCGGGGUACCAUCUACCGGUGCUUGGCAGCUCCGAAAUGCACGAUUACCACCAUCUCAAGUUCAAUCAGUGUUACGGAUUAUUUGGCUGGUGGGACGGACUGCACGGUACGGACAGCGAGUUUCGCAAGAAGAAACAAUACCAGCGGCAUCAUCGCAUCUUCAGCCUGAAGUCGGCACGGGAGCUCGUACCGGAACACUAG